AUGUAUUCUGGCGAACCACCGAGACCUGGUUCCCAACAACCAAUACCUACAGGUCCUCGGCCACAACCCCCUACACCAUGGGGUCCUCCUACCGCGCAAGAUGGCAGAGCUUCGCACAGAUCAACUCCGUCUACUCAUCAAGAGCAUCCUGGUGAUGUAGACGCAGAGAAUACACACCACAUUCUGAAUUCGGAAAUAUAUUCAGCUUAA